UUUUGUCAUCCUUUAGGGCGGUAAAAGGGAUGCAAUGAGACGACUCCUUGAAGGCCAAGCACAUUGCUCUGCUUCCAAAUGCUGAACCAUGACCUGCUGUGUCUCUCCUUCUCUAAAACCCUACUAAACCCCCUGUUGCCGAUACCUCCCCUUCGCCUCCCAUGCUCCAGCCCCAUCUCCAAGAAGACCCUCUUUCUCAAACCGAACCCCCGCUUCCUGACACCCCUCUCUCUCUCCUCGCCCCAUCUUCCUCGCCGGAGCGACUCCCCGCGCCGCCGCGAUGCCCGAGCACUCGCCGGCAGGAGCAAGAAGAAGGGCGGAGGCCCCUCGCCGGGCCGCAUCGAGGGCGGCUCCGAGGUGCGGCGAGAGGCGAAGCGGAACGCCCGGAGGAAGAGCCGGAAGCUCGCCGAGUCCCUCUUCUACCGCCUCAAGCUCCCUAGCAAGAACCACGCCGACAACUUCUCCGAGGAAGAGCUCCAGAUGAUUGGCCUGGGAUAUGACAGGAUGGUCAGGUUCAUGGAGAAGGACGACCCCAAUUUGCGGCACCCUCACGAUUGGUACAAGUAUGGCGAAUUCGGGCCGUAUUCUUGGAGAGGGGUCGUGGUGGGCGACCCGAUUCGGGGCAGGUUCUCGGACGAGCGCGUGACCAUUAUUGGCGAGGUCCGAGAUCAUGAGGAGUGGGAGAAGAUUGAGCAGUUUGAGAUGGCGGCGGAUUUCGGCAAGAGGUUGAAGGAAAUGGAUAAGAGCGUGGGGUUUAGGCACUUUUGGGUGUUCGUGAGACACCCAAAGUGGACGCUUAGGGAAUCGCCAUGGCAGCAGUGGACUUUGGUGGCCGAGGUAGUGUUGGAAGCCGGGAAACAGAGAUUGGAUAAGUGGAAUUUGAUGGGUAGGCUCGGGAAUAAGGCUCGGAACUUGAUUACGCAAUGUGCUGCAUGGAUGAGGCCCGAUAUAAUCUAUGUCAAGAGACCAGUGUAUCAAUGUAGGUUUGAGCCUCAGGACGAUUUCUUCCGGUUGCUGACGCCUUUUCUCGAUCCCAGGACAGAGAAGGACUUUCUUUUCAAGGUGAAAAAAGGUGAUGGGAUGGUCGAAUUGUGUACUUAUUUCAAUGGCUUGUGCAAGAUUCUCAAGGCAAAUCCCAAGGCCUUUGUAGAUGAUGUGGUUAAGGCUUAUGAGAAGUCGAGUGACGAGAAGAAAAAUGAGUGUUUGGAGUUUUUGCUGACAAAUCAUCCCGCUCAGCUGUUGCAUCCAUAUACAAAGGAGUGGAAAGCUAAGUUGGAGGAGAUGGAAUUGGGUUGUGAUGCUCCGGACGAUGAAGAUGAUUGGAGUGGUAGUAAAAGCGAUAAUGAGAUUGUGGAUUGGAUAGAGGAUGAUGGGAGUGCUGAUGAUGAUGAUGAGGAGGAGGGGGAGGAGGAAGGUGAUCUGGAUGAUACAGUAAUGGAGUUGGAAGAUGGCGGAGCUGAUGAAUCGGGUAUAGAAGAAGACAACUCCGACGAAGAAGAGGAUAAGAAAUAUUGGCAAGAGGAAUUUAAUAAGGCAGUGAAUAACUCCGAACGAAUGGAAAAGUUAGCAAAGCGGAGUGUUGAAGUAACGUCGGAGUUCUAUAAGAAGCAAUUGAAGGAAAUGGAAUUCCAGGGGAAGAGGAAUAUCGUGGAAGACGGAGAUGAAACGGCUAUCAGGGGUGCAAGAGCAAAAGUCAGUCCAGAAGAAUGGAAGAUCGCUGGAAUCGGCCCUUGGAGGAAGAGAAUUAAGAAGAGCAAGAUUCCUCCAGAACUAUUUCUGCGAGCAGCAGUUAGGCCAUUUACUUACAGGAAUCUCGUGAAAGAGGUUGUUCUGACUAGGCAUGCCAUUUUGGAUGGUGAUAUUGGAACAGAAAAGCCUGAAUAGGCUGUUCCCCAUUGGGGUAAUAGCUUUUGUGCAUCUCCUGCCAGAUAUAAGGCACUGAGAGAUAUUUUGAGGGAAAUUUCAUGUUGAUACAAGAUUAGGUUCUGCUCAGUGGCAUGAUGUAGUAUGAUGUUUUCUUGACUCAUAUUUGCGUUUUAUUCUGUUAAAUCUUCUUCUGAAACUGAUUGAAGGUAAAGUUAGCUCUGGGAAUGAUCUUGAUUUUCAUG